AUGCCAAGCGAUAGCUGGUACUCCCUGCCUGUGUGGCUGCAGCACCAUCGAACAGACCAAGACUUGUCGGCGGAACCUCUUCUGGAGUUGUCAAACGUGAAGACUGAGGCUUUCGUCCAUGCGACCCGCGUCCGUAAGAUGUUGAAUAGUCUCCUUCCGACGAGCCUACGGCCUAUCUUCACCAAAAGCGAGCCGCGCAAGCUGCACGAGACAAGCUACCUGGACGGACUACGGGGUAUCGCAGCUCUCAUCGUCGUCUUCCAUCACACCACCGGAUUCUUCUAUCCUGCGAUCCGGCCCGGCUAUGGCUCAUCUGAGACCUCUGCGAACUUGCUGCUUUCCUUACCACUAAUUCGAAUAUGGAUGUCUGGUGGACCAAUGGUGGCCAUAUUCUUCGUGCUAUCAGGAUAUGUUCUCAGUACGAAACCUCUUCGUCUCGCGCGCCAAGGUCAACACCGUGAAGCGCACGAUUGCAUAGCCAGUAGCACUUUCCGCCGCGGUCCACGCCUCUACAUCCCAUGCCUGACAGCAACGUUGAUCAUUGCUCUGCUUGCUCAGAUGGGCUUGACCGACCUUCAGGCUCCUCGCGUCUACCGGCCCAGUGAGACGCUGAUGCAGCAACUCAAGGCGUGGGCGAUAUCCUCCUCGUGGUUCAUCUCACCGUUUGGCGGCGCGCACGCCUUCGAGGAGAAUACGUGGACCAUUCCGACUGAGUUCAAGGGUAGUCUGCUGGUAUUUCUCACCACUCUUGGGACCGCCAAAUCCGGCUCGCGGUUCCGGCUCUUGUUUCUUACCGGAUUGGCACUGUUCUGGCUGUACCACGGCUGGGCUGACAUGUUCCUCUUCUCGGCAGGGAUGUUCUGUGCAGACGUACACUUCCUGCACACACCAUUACCACAGUCGAAGACUUUGAGCGAUAUCUUGCCCGAGUCCUCAAUCCUGUUAUCACCCACCAUCUCCGAAGAUGAUAUCGAGCUCCCAGGCUCUAGGCGGCCCCGCGACGAGGGCGCCACCACUUCUCCCGGCUACAUCACACUUGCCACCACCUUGACUCCAGCAACGUGGAUGUCCCACUUCGGCCCCUCCCGCUGGUGGGCCACUCUCGGCGCCACCCUCCUCAUCUUGUCCAUUGAUUCCGCCGGUCCACAGAGCAUCUACCAGCGCCUUCUGUCCAGUCGGUUUCCGCAGUGGCUGGGCGAGAUCAGCUUCUCGCUUUACCUGGCGCAUGGCGUCGUGCUGUUCAGUCUCGGUAGUCGGGCGCUGAGGUUCUUCUGUGGGUUGCUGGAGAUAGAUAUGAGUAGGGGUGCGGCUGGCGAGGAGAGAUUGUGGUAUGCGGUCGCGUUGUUAGGCAUGAGCGCCGUAACGGCGCCUGUAUUGUUUGGGAUCAGUGAGGUGAUGACUAAAACGCUGGAUAAGAAGGCGGUUGACAUCGCGCGAUGGAUGAGUCGGUGGUGA